AUUCUUCCUAAUUCAAUCUAAAUUGUAGUUUUACAAGAGAGAAGGAAGAGAAAACAUAAAGUAAAAGUUCUGCUCCCUCCUCCCUCCUCCCUCCUCCCUCAUACUGCAAAUAGAACAUUUUUAUUCUUAUGUGAGAUUGUAGAAAGCAAAAAUGGAGGGCACUGCUUCUCCUUCUGCUACAAGUGCAAGUAAAAGCAGCAGCAGCAUGAGUAACGGAGGAAGCAUUAUCGUAAAGAAAAGUGAGAAUUUGAGAAUUGAAUUUCCUUUUACGCUUAAAGUGGGCCAGGUCUUCACUGGCUUUGGCGUUGGUUGUGGUCUUGGUAUCGGUGUUGGUCGCCCCAUCAAUCUAGGUGCUAUCCCUAUGCUGAACCAAGUUAUGAGUGCUGCAAGUGGUGCUACGCACGCCCUGUCUGGUGUUGGGAGACAAGUGAACCACUCUUUGAAGAAGAUAGGUGCAAAGAACAUUGAGGCAGGCAUAGGGUGUGGAGUUGGUUUUGGCCAUGGUUUUGGAAUUGGUCUGGCCCUAAAGCCUGGGGUGGUGCAACAGAUCCAAUUGUCCAUUAUAGAAACAGUGACCAAAGUGAUGAUGAAGUUUGGAGCAACUCCUGAUUUAUCGAUUGGGCAAGGCCUUCUCCCUGCAUCAAUGCAAAGUAGUAUGACUGUUGUUCAUGGGUCAGCUCAAGAUCCUUUGGGGAGUAUUGCACAGUUUGGGAAGAAAAUACCAGACAUGAAGAGCCAAGGUCCAGCAGGAGAUGGGAAUGCGAUUACACGGAUGGAAAACUUUAGAUCAGAAGAUGUACCUUCAAAACUGUCCUUUGGUACACGAACUGAGAAGCUUAUCAAUGGCUUACUGCAGGAUCCAGUUCUGGGAGGAGAAAACUCUGAGCUACUUGAGAGGAAUGAACAGUCGGAGUCAGAAAACAGGGUGCUUCGGAUGGUAGUCAAACAUCAGCAAGUCAUCGAGGAGCUUAUGGAAGAGAAUGAAAGGCUUCGUAAAAUAUUGGUGGAAGACUUAAAAGUUCCAGCCAGUAAGCUCCAAGUUAAAUAUCAAGGUACAAAUUCGUCCUUCUGUUCCGAUUGUUUCAAUUGCAGAAGAAAACAACGGAGGCGAUAGAAGUUCCAUUGUGAACUAACUACGUACACAAGUUCAAUACCAACUCAUUUUUUAGUUUUUCUGUUCACCUUUUCUCUGUUUGUUCACGUUUCUGAAAUCGUUGGCCGUGACUCGUGAUACACGUAAGUCGUAUUUGCUAGCAUACACACAAAUACAAUACUUGGAGAGAUAAUGAGAAUAGGUUUUGAAGUGAUUCAGUGAAUCCAAGUAGAAAACUACUGAAAAACAUUAGGCUAUGUACUGUAGAAGAGUAAUUACUCGCCAUAACUUUUAGUUUUUGAGGUGCUAUAAUAUAUUUUCGUUUUGAGCUA